AUGUUCUGUAUCCCUUGUCUUUCAGAUCACCUGUUCCAGAAUUUAAUUGAAACAUUGGAUGACAAUACAGACAAGAAGUUCUACAAUGUUGCUAAACUAGGAGGCAAAUAUGAUGCCCUGCCUUACUCCAUACGGGUCCUCUUGGAAGCUGCUGUCCGUAGCUGUGAUGGCUUCCUAGUGAAAGAAGAAGAUGCUAUGAACAUUUUGGAUUGGAAAGCGAAACAGAACAACGUUGCAGUGCCCUUCUGUCCUGCCAGGGUCCUCCUCCAAGACUUUACUGGAAUUCCUGCAAUGGUAGAUUUUGCUGCUAUGAGGGAAGCUGUGAAAAAUCUUGGAGGAGACCCUACAAAAGUCCAUCCUGCUUGCCCAACAGACCUCACUGUGGACCAUUCCUUGCAGAUUGACUUCAGCAAAUGUGCAAUACAGAAUACUCCCAAUCCUGGAGGUGGGGAUCCGCAGAGGCCACCAUCCAAACUUUCUCCUCUUAAAGCUCCCCGGAGGUUACCGUGCAGAAGCCAGAGCAGUUGCAAGGGGCCCUGUGACAGAGAUUCAAGACGUAACGUAGGACAGCUUUCUGUGCAAAUUGAAAACACGCCUCUACUGUGUCCUUUUCAUCUUCAACCAGUGCCUGAGCCUGAAACAGUAUUAAAAAACCAGGAGGUGGAAUUUGGUAGAAACCGAGAGAGACUCCAGUUUUUCAAGUGGAGUUCCAGAGUUUUUAGGAACGUCUCAGUAAUUCCUCCCGGAACAGGGAUGGCGCACCAGGUAAACCUGGAAUACUUGUCCAGGGUGGUCUUUGACGUUAAAGGCUUGCUGUAUCCAGACAGCGUUGUUGGCACUGACUCCCAUACCACGAUGGUGAACGGCCUGGGGAUAUUAGGAUGGGGUGUUGGUGGAAUUGAGACAGAAGCUGUCAUGCUGGGAUUGCCGGUCACCCUCACUUUGCCAGAGGUUGUAGGGUGUGAACUGACAGGCACAGCCAGCCCGCUGGCCACCUCCAUAGAUGUGGUCCUCAGCAUUACAAAGCAAUUAAGGCAAGCGGGAGUGUCUGGGAAAUUUGUGGAGUUCUUUGGGCCUGGAGUUUCCCAGCUCUCCAUAGGUGACCGGACAACAAUAGCAAAUAUGUGUCCAGAAUAUGGUGCUAUCCUGAGCUUUUUCCCUAUAGAUAAUGUGACGCUAAAGCACUUAAGACAAACAGGCUUUGAUGAGGCUAAGCUUAAGUCCAUGGAAGCAUAUCUUAAAACUGUGAAACUUUUUAGAAAUUAUGAAGUUUCAACUGAAGAACCAGAAUAUUCCCAGAUUGUAUGCAUAAACCUGGGUUCUAUCAUGCCAUACGUAAGUGGGCCCAAACGGGCACAAGACAGAGUUGCUGUUACGGACAUGAAAAGCGAUUUCAAGGCAUGCUUAGAUGAAAAGGUUGGUUUCAAAGGCUUUCAGAUUCCGGUUGAAAAGCAAAAUGAUGUAGUGCCUGUUGAAUAUGAAGGAAAUGAGUACAAGCUGUCUCAUGGAUCUGUGGUUAUCGCUGCAGUCAUCAGCUGUACAAACAACUGCAACCCCUCCGUGAUGCUAGGAGCAGGUUUGUUGGCCAAAAAAGCCAUUGAAGCUGGUCUUUCUGUCAAACCGUACAUAAGAACUAGCUUAUCCCCUGGCAGUGGAAUGGUCACACAUUAUCUCAGUUCCAGUGGUGUCCUGCCAUACCUCAAUAAACUUGGGUUUGAGGUCAUUGGCUACGGAUGUUCCACGUGUGUUGGGAAUACAGCUCCUUUGCCAGAAGCUAUUCAGAAUGCAGUUAUGCAGGGUGACUUGGUCGCUUGCGGGGUUUUGUCGGGGAACAAAAACUUUGAAGGCCGUCUCUGCAGUUGCGUCCGUGCCAACUACCUCGCCUCUCCGCCUCUGGUGGUGGCUUAUGCGAUAGCGGGAACUGUGAACAUUGAUUUCCAGACUGAGCCGUUAGGGAUCAAUCCUGAUGGUAAAGAACUCUUUUUGCAUGAUAUUUGGCCCACACGGGAAGAACUUCAGCAGGUGGAAGAAGAGUUAGUAAUAGCAUCUAUGUUCAAAGAGCUGAAGGAAAAAAUGGAGAAAGGAAAUAAGCGAUGGAAUUCUCUGGAAGCGCCUGAAUCAGUUUUAUUUACCUGGGAUUCCAAAUCUACUUACAUCCGAUGUCCUUCAUUUUUUGAUAAACUUGCCAAAGAUCCACCUCCGCCCCAGUCAAUUGAAAACGCACAUGUCUUGUUAUAUUUGGGAGACAGCGUCACGACAGACCACAUCUCGCCUGCCGGAAGCAUUGCAAGGGGCAGUGCUGCAGCCAGAUACUUGACAAAUAAAGGUCUCACACCCCGUGAAUUCAAUUCCUACGGAGCUCGGCGAGGCAAUGACGCUGUGAUGACAAGAGGCACCUUUGCGAACAUCAAGCUUUUAAAUAAGUUCAUUGGGAAACCAGCUCCUAAAACAAUCCAUUUUCCAACCGGACAGACGCUGGAUGUGUUUGAUGCCGCUGAAUUGUAUCGGAAAGAGAAUAUCCCUCUGAUCAUCUUGGCCGGUGCAAAGUAUGGCCAGGGCAGCUCCAGAGACUGGGUUGCAAAAGGACCUUUUUUACUGGGCGUGAGAGCCGUUAUUGCUGAAAGCUAUGAGAAGAUCCAUAAAGGUCAUUUGAUUGGAAUGGGUGUCGCUCCUCUUCAGUUUCUCCCUGGGGAGAAUGCGCAAGUUUUGGGCCUGACGGGCAGAGAACAGUUUUCUGUCUCAUUUCCUCAAGAGCUAACCCCAGGAAUCACCGUCAAUGUAAAGACAAAUACAGGUAAAGUAUUCCCUGUGCUCGCCUCCUUUGACAGUGAUGUUGAAAUAACAUUAUAUAAACAUGGCGGGAUUCUGAACUACAUGGUUCGAAAGCUCUUGUAGAGCCCUCUGUUCAUAUACCCUGGGGAUUGUGCAGACGUGGCCAAGCCCCCGACGGCUUCCACAGACCUCUGCUGCGUGCAGAUACUUCGUCCAUGGACUGUAAAAGAUUGUGAAUUGUUGUAGUGACCGCAGCAAGAUCUUGUUGGAUUUUUUAAACAAAAAAUAAUAAUAUUCGAAUGGUGCUAUAUUGACAUUGCUGAAAAUUUAAUGUGCGUGUUCUGGAAGAGAGUCUGUAAGUAUGGGGAAAGAAGGGGGGGAGGUAUCGUAGACCGUUUUGUAAAUAAAUGAUGUGAAACCAUGAAAAUGAAUUGUGAAAAAUUUUAAGCCGGAGGACAGCUUUUAGCAGUUACUUUCCCCCCCCCCCUUCGUUUUGACACCUUUCAACUUCCUGUUUCUCUCUGUUCCUUUGAGGGCAUCAAUCACAUCAUGUGGCCUGGGAUUUUAAAGGUGGGAAGUUUCCUUUUUGUUCAAGAAUUCAGGUUCCAAAACUCAAAAGCUAAGAUCUUAGCUGGCCAUGGAGUAAGGGAGCCCACCAUGGUGUGUGUGUGUUUGUGUUUGUGUAUGUAUAUACACACACAUACAUACACACUCUGCGACAAUCUUCCCCAAGCUGACGGGCCAUGCUGCAACUCUCACCAUCCCACCCAUGGCCCCAGCUAGCUGAGGAUGAUGGGAGU